GGACGUUAUCAUCGGCUUGUUUUCCAUACCUUUUCAGGUAAGUUCAUUUAGUUAUUUUAUCCCCAACCCCACCCCCGCCACGACUUGUCUGUGGCUAAAGUUGCUCCCCCUGUCUGAAGACAUUUAGACCAGUAUUACUUUAGCUUAUUGGUCUUUUCGAAUUCAGAUCCAAAUAAUACCUCCGUCUGGAGACAUUUAGACAAGUAUGACUUUAGUUUAUUGGUCUUGUUGAAUUUAAAUCCAAAUAUUUUCUCCUCUCUGAAGAUAUUUAUACCAGUAUUACUUUAGCUGAUUGGCCUUUUCGAAUUCAGAUCCAAAUAAUUUCCAGUCUAAAACUAUUUAGAUGAGUAUUACUUUGGCUUAUUGGUCUCUUCGAAUUCAGAUCCAAAUAAUUCCACCGUCUGAAGACAUUUAGACCAGUAUUACUUUAGCUUAUUGGUCUUUUCGAAAUCAGAUCCAACUAAUUUUCCCCGUCUGAAGAUAUUUAGAUCAGUAUUACUUAAGUUUAUUGGUCUUUUUGAAUUCAUAUCCUAAUAAUUCCUCCUGUCUGAAGACAUUUAGACCAAUACUACUUUAGCUUAUUGGCCUUUCCGAAUUCAGAUCCAAAUAAUCCUCCUGUCUCAAACUAUUUAGACCAGCAUUACUUUGGCUUAUUGGUCUUUUCGAAUUCAGAUCCAACUAAUUUUCCCAGUCUGAAGAUAUUUAGACCAUUAUUACUUUAGCUUAUUAGUCUUUCCGAAUUCAGAUCCAAAUAAUUCCUCCAGUCUGAAACUUUUUAGACAAUUAUUACUUUAGCAUAUUGGUCUUUUAGAAUUCAGAUCCAACUAAUUUUCCCAGUCUGAAGAUAUUUAGACCACUAUUACUUUAGCUUAUUUGACUUUCUAAAUUCAGAUCCAAAUAAUUCCUCCAGUCUGAAACUAUUUAGACCAUUAUUACUAUAGCAUAUUGGUCUUUUCGAAUUCAGAUCCAACUAAUUUUCCCCGUCUGAGGAUAUUUAGACCACUAUUACUUUAGCUCAUUGGUCUUUUUGAAUUCAGAUCCAAAUAAUUCCCCCGUCUGAAACUAUUUUGACCAGUAUUACUUUGGCGUAUUGGUCUUGUUUCAUUCAGAUCCAAAUAAUUCACCCGUCUGAAGACAUUUAGACCAGUAUUACUUUGGCGUAGUUGUCUUCUUGCAUCCAGAUCCAAGUUUUCUCACACACAAAGCUUCUCGAUUAAAAAUCCUAGAAAAAAAACCAGCACAAUUACAGAAUUCAACCGUUUCAUUUACAUUGCAAGUUCUGAAUGUUCCUCAGAUAUACGCAAGUGUAAAAAAAAAACACACACACAAAACACACAAAACAUAUAUCAAAAAACCAAAAAAAAAAAAACCAAUGGAAUGUAGAAAAGACAAAAGGAAUUCGAAGAUAAUGUUAACAGUAAAUAUAAAUUUCCAAGUAAUACUAGUAAAGACGCUAUCACUUUUUAAAAAGUUAAAAAAUUAAAUUGUAUUGUAAAAUUUAAUUUCGUUUUUUCCCCCCCCCCUACUGUUUAUUUUGCAUCUCCAUUUUCCUAUCUGUAACUUAUCUGAUUUACCGAAUUUAGUCCCUUAGGGUAAUUCCAUAUUUAUGACUUUGAUUUGACUAAUUAAGUUGCAACUACACUUUUAUGAACUAAUCUAGUCUUCCAGCAAUGUCCAGAUUUAGUGGUGAAAUAAUAAUAUCAAUAAAGCAUCGAUUCAGUUGAGUUGGUUUUUCUUCUAGUUCACAAUAUUACGAUUUAAAAAUUUUGCAAGUAUAAAACCGUUUUUCAAACUUUGCAGCGAGUCAUACGUAAACACUUAGCAACGAAUUAUACACAAACACUUAGCAACGAGUUAUACACAAACACUUAGCAACGAAUUAUACACAAACACUUAGCAACGAGUUAUACACAAACACUUAGCAACGAGUUAUACACAAACACUUAGCAACGAGUUAUACACAAACACUUAGCAACGAGUUAUAUACAAACACUUAGCAACGAAUUAUACACAAACACUUAGCAACGAGUUAUACACAAACACUUAGCAACGAAUUAUACACAAACACUUAGCAACGAGUUAUAAGUAAACACUUAACAAUGAGUUAUACGCAAACACUUAACAACGAAGUAUACAUAAAUACUUAGCGACGAGCUAUACACAAACACUUAACAACGAGUUAUACACAAACACUUAGCAACGAAUUAUACACAAACACUUAACAACGAAUAAUACACAAACACUUAGCAACGAAUUAUACACAAACACUUAGCAACGAGUUAUACACCAACACUUAGCAACGAAUUAUACACCAACACUUAGCAACGAAUUAUACACAAACACUUAGCAACGAAUUAUACACAAACACUUAGCAACGAAUUAUACACAAACACUUAGUACGAAUUAUACACAAACACUUAGCAACGAAUUAUACACAAAUACUUAGCAACGAAUUAUACACAAACACUUAACAACGAGUUAUACACAAACACUUAGCAACGAAUUAUACACAAACACUUAGCAACGAGUUAUAAGUAAACACUUAACAAUGAGUUAUACACAAAAACUUAACAACGAAGUAUACACAAACACUUAGCAACGAGUUAUACACAAACACUUAGCAACGAGUUAUACACAAACACUUAACAACGAGUUAUACACAAACACUUAGCAACGAGUUAUAAGUAAACACUUAACAAUGAGUUAUACACAAAAACUUAACAACGAAUUAUACACAAACACUUAACAACGAGUUAUACACAAACACUUAGCAACGAGUUAUACACAAACACUUAACAACGAGUUAUACACAAACACUUAGCAACGAGUUAUAAGUAAACACUUAACAAUGAGUUAUACACAAACACUUAACAACGAAGUAUACAUAAAUACUUAGCGACGAUCUAUACACAAACACUUAACAACGAGUUAUACACAAACACUUAGCAACAAGUUAUACACAAAACCUAAGCAACAAGUUAUACACAAACACUUAACAACGAGUUAUACACAAACACUUAACAACGAGUUAUACACAAACACUUAGCAACAAGUUAUACACAAAACCUAAGCAACAAGUUAUACACAAACACUUAGCAACGAGUUAUAAGUAAACACUUAACAAUGAGUUAUACACAAACACUUAACAACGAAGUAUACAUAAAUACUUAGCGACGAUCUAUACACAAACACUUAACAACGAGUUAUACACAAACACUUAGCAACAAGUUAUACACAAAACCUAAGCAACAAGUUAUACACAAACACUUAACAACGAGUUAUACACAAACAAUUAACAACGAGUUAUACACAAACACUUAACAACGAGAUAUACACAAACACUCAACAACGAGUUAUACACAAACACUUAACAACGAGUUAUACACAAACACUUAGCAACGAAUUAUACACAAACACUUAGCAACGAAUUAUACACAAACACUUAGCAACGAGUUAUACACAAACACUUAGCAACGAAUUAUACACAAACACUUAACAACGAGUUAUACACACACACUUAACAACGAGUUAUACACAAACACUUAACAACGAGUUAUACACAAACACUUAACAACGAGUUAUACACAAACACUUAACAACGAGUUAUACACAAACACUUAACAACGAGUUAUACACAAACACUUAACAACGAGUUAAACACAAACACUUAGCAACGAGUUAUACACAAACACUUAGCAACGAGUUAUACACAAACACUUAACAACGAGUUAAACACAAACACUUAGCAACGAGUUAUAAGUAAAAACUUAAUAAUGAGUGAUACACAAACACUUAGCAACGAGUUAUACACAAACACUUAGCAACGAGUUAUACACAAACACUUAACAACGAGUUAAACACAAACACUUAGCAACGAGUUAUAAGUAAAAACUUAACAAUGAGUGAUACACAAACACUUAACAACGAGUUAUACACAAACACUUAGCAACAAGUUAUACACAAAACCUAAGCAACAAAUUAUACACAAACACUUAGCAACAAGUUAUACAUAAACACUUAGCAACGCGCUAUGCCCACAUUUUUGGACAUUGAUCUAAUCUAAUAUAAAUAUAUAAAGUUGAAAUAAAUAUGCCGGAGAUUCGUUUCUUAAAAACACAAAGAUGCAAUGGCGGUCUUUUAAGUAAUUUAAUUUUAUUAAUAAAAUAUAGAAAGAAGAGCAUUAGGUAGAGUUUGUCAAUCGGUUUUAUUCUAAUACAUGAAUGUUUAGUCUCUGGACAAUCUCUGGAGGGAACUAAUCCCAUUGGUCUGUAUUCCAGGCGUAGGAGGUUGAGUCAGUUAAAAAAACGUUUGUGUUCAAAUCCAAAUGUUAACUACGUUCAACGUGUGGCAUCAUAGUUUAACCCUAUUCAACAAUGUAUAUAUUAUGGAUCUCUAACCAGCCUCUGGAUUUGGUUUUCUAAUGAUUAAAAAAUUAUAGCAGGGCUGAGCUACGAUAGGGCUUGUAAUCGGAUCAAUAAGGGAUAGACAUAUUUCAUUAGGCAUACUUAAUUUAUGAUUAUAACAAUGUUUUUAGUUGUACCGACGAAGGCGAUUUGCCGAAAUGUUUUAAUUUUUAUUUGGUCUAGUUGUAAGUAAAGCUUCACGUGUAUUGAUAUGUUGUUUCAUUAACGCAAGUUUUUAGCGUCUCAUCAAUUUAAUGGUGAAAAGGCUUAUAGUUGAAUGUUUACUUUCAUUCUAAAACAAACAUACUCUCGUCUUCACACUAUGUUAGAAACUAAAAAUAGAUUAGAGACAUGGACAUUCAGUUAAUGUCGAACAAAUGAUGACAUAUGAUUUAAACUGCUAACUAGAGACUAACCGAAAGGAAUUUUAUGAUAUCGGCCGCGACCGAAACUACGCCGAAAGUGAUCAAAUGGCAAAUUUUCGGCACCGAAACCGAAGCCGAAAUUCGGUAUGUCUCUACGGCUAACAUAAUUAUAGGUCAUCCCAUCAAAUAACUAUUUUGAAUCUAUGCUCGUGUCUCUCCCCAGUUCCAAGCGGCCCUUCUGCAGCGCUGGGUGCUGGCCAACUUCAUGUGCUCGCUGGCCCCCUUCGUCCAGGUGGUCAGCGUCAACGUCAGCAUCUUCACGCUCAGCGUCAUCGCCGUGGACCGCUACAUCGCCGUCAUCCACCCGUUCAAGGCCGGCUGCUCCAAGAAGUCGGCGGCCAUCAUCAUCAGCAUCAUCUGGGCCGUCGGGAUCGGCGCCGCGCUUCCGGUGCCGCUGUUCUACUGGGUGGAGGACCUCACCGAGAACAACAUCGUGAUCCCCAGGUGCGACUGGCACGCGCCGGACAACUGGCUGGAUUUUCACCUGUAUUACAACACGCUGCUGGUGUGUUUCCAGUACCUGCUGCCCC